AUGGAUUACAAUCUGUGUCAACACGAAAAAAACGUGAAAUCGCGCCGCCAAAGGUGCUUCCACUCAAAAGUCAAUGUACCAGCAAAGAACUCAACUUACAAGCACCAACGAAAGCUACACGUAACGGAGACGCGUAAACCCACCUGCUUCUCGAUGACAUACUCGACUGCCACCUUUCCUUUAGAUCUGUACGCAGUCGUUCGCAGUUCAUAUCCAAGAUCUACAGCGCGUCAAUCAAGGGGAAAGCCCGACGAAGCAGGAAUCACACCUUUCAAGACUGUGCGCAAACUCUGCGGUGUGGUAGGGAUGUUUAUGUUGGUUUGGUUCGCGGUGACGCGCCUUUUCCCUGCUUACAAACCCGACCACAUCCGGGUUACGCGCCAUCUAUGUUUCCAUCUCCCUUUCCAAGUCGUAAGGAUGAAGGCGAACUUCCGACACGUCAUUCUCCUCGCCACCUCAGAGAAGCAGACACCUCAACUUGGAAUGGACGAUCGGCCAAUCCCAGUUCUUGAAUCAGCACGUCACUACAGUCCGGUGGCUUUUGACGAAGUCGUGAACAUCCUCGUCACGCGCAAGGCCAUACCCAUCUAUCCCCUUCGCCUCACUCCAGUACCCUUCCUCCGACUUCAACGUAACGGCGCCGCUCUGCAUCCCUUCCCUCCCGCGUUCCAAUAG